UCUGUGAAGCGGGCUGGCUGCUGUGGGAAGGCGGGAACCGGGCGCCUCCGCCGCCGGGGCUGCCUGGAGGUGCUGAUACGGGGAAGAUCUAGCUAAGACUGUGAAGUAAUUGCAGACUUUUGGGAUUUGCCAAGAUGUUGGAGGAAGAUCUGGAAGUGGCCAUCAAAGUGGUGGUGGUUGGAAAUGGAGCUGUUGGGAAGUCCAGUAUGAUCCAGAGAUAUUGCAAAGGAAUUUUCACAAAAGACUACAAGAAAACUAUUGGAGUUGAUUUCCUGGAAAGAGAAAUGCAAGUCAACAAUGAAGAUGUCCGACUGAUGCUGUGGGACACAGCAGGUCAAGAAGAAUUUGAUGCAAUUACGAAAGCUUAUUACAGAGGAGCCCAAGCAUGCGUGCUUGUGUUUUCAACUGUUGACAGAGAGUCUUUUGAAGCAAUCCCUACUUGGAAGGAGAAAGUAGUAUCUGAAGUUGGAGACAUCCCUACAGUGCUUGUUCAGAAUAAGAUUGACCUCCUAGAUGAAUCUUGUAUAAAGAAUGAAGAAGCAGAAGCGUUGGCAAAAAAGCUAAAAUUAAGAUUCUACCGAGCAUCUGUAAAGGAGGACCUAAACGUAACAGAAGUUUUUAAGUAUUUGGCUGAGAAGUAUCUUCAAAAACUCAAACAAAGAAUAGUUGAAGAUCCAGAAGUAGUACAUACAAGUAGUAACAAAAUCGGUGUUUUCAACACAGCAGGUGGAAGUCAUUCUGGGCAGAAUUCUAACUUGCUUAAUGGUGGUGAUGUCAUCAACCUUAGGCCAAACAAACAAAGGACCAAGAAAAACAGAAGCCCUUUUAGCAACUGCAGCAUUCCCUAACGCUCCUGCAUAAGAGAAGAAAAGAUGGUCUGGCACAGCUGCUCGGCUGAAACCCAUAAGGGACACAACUGGUUGUAGAGGUGUUUUACCAGUGCUUUAGCAGAUGUUGCACACAUUGGAUCUUGCAUUGAUAGUGGAUAUUCCUGUUGCAAUGAAUUAUCAGUACAUAAUGAGACCCCCAGCAGCACAAAAAUAGAACCAUUGCCCCCAUGCAUUCGUUUUACAUUCAAAAUGACAACUUUCCAGGUGAAAGAUGUAUUGUAAAGUGUACAAUAGGUUUCACUUUCUUAAAAAGAAAAAAGAAAAGGUUCAGCUGAAAUGCUUAAGUAUUGGUACCGUUCAAGAGAAAAUGCCUUUUCCUACUUAUUUGACCACAUAGCUCAGUUGGGAUUAAUAGUUUGUUAAACUACCCUAUGCACAUUCUGGCAAUAUUGGUGGUGCAAUAUUUACAUAACUUAUGAAUUCUAGCUGCAAUGUGUGUAUAUAAAAGCUUGGUCAGAGAUUCAGGAUAAUAAAACAGGUACUGGGCCCAAUGAUAUGUUCCUGAUAAUUUCUGAACUGGCAUCCUAAAGAUGACUUUCAUUUU